AUGGUGUUCGUGCUGACGGUGCAUCAGGACGCUGACGAUGCUUCGCUGUCCGAAAGCUAUGACCAGAUCCUGAGGAUCCAUGGCCUUGGAUGGACCAUCCCGGCCGUCUUCGUCAUUGUUUCGGAAGGCUCGGCGGCCUCCAAGACGAACGCGGAGAGAUGGGAGGACAGCCUCGUGCUCUGGACGAGAGUGGCCGAAAGUCUCCGGAACCUUUGCCAGCCUGUUUACGGGAUCGCAGCAGAAGGGCUGAAUUUGCCCGGACUGCUGGUGCUGGACGCCUGCGACUACGUCUUGGCAAGCAAGCCCCAUGCAGGCAGGGAAACAAACGCUGCCGUGGUCUAG